CAGUUUGCUCGCGGUGUCCGCGCAGCUCGCGCGUGCCAGCUUUGCGCCGCCGACGCACUACAACGUCUUUCCGAUACGAAUUUGGAACGUUUUCGACCGGUAAUGUCGGUUUAACUGUCGCCUUUUAAACUGCGAACACUUCUUGCGGCCACUCAAAUUUCGCAUUGCGAUUCGAACGCUCGAUUGCUUCACUUUAUUACGGUAGAGUUUAACAGAUAACUGUGAAGAAACGUGUGUAAGCCUUCAGUGCUAUGGAGUCAGCAGAAUUAGUGCUCUAUCAGUGCAGUGAAAUUGGAGCAUAUGUUUAGUGGAAAGUGCUAAUUUUGCUGUUUGGUUUUAGACGAUACGUUUCACUGAACGCAGGACAAAAAGUGGUUUUGUGUUCGAGUUCAUGUGACUACCGGAGUAUUGAUACGCAUUGCUUUCCCCCUGUCCAGAGCUUGAUUUAUGGUAGGAUCAUAACGACGAUCAACGCUCACGCAGGGAAGGCAAAGAGGACCGCCAAAGUUCAAAAUGUGACCACCGACCGUCCGACCAAAACCAAAUCACGCUUCAAAUUCAUGAGUCUUGCCUCAAGAUUACAUGAUUAAGACAAUCCACUAUUUAUUGUACUUAUUAACUUUAAUAACGAAUCUAGUCGCCAUAGCACUAUUUAAACACGAAGCAAUUUAGACUGUAGCAUUAAUAACGAAGUAUUCGACAAGAAUCGAACUAGUACAAAGAGAGACUAAGGAAUUGAUGAGAGAGUACAAAACGAUGCUCGGGAACGCUAUCGUCAAUUUAAUACUAAAUUGAUUUAAUUAGAAGUUCCCACGAAUAAGUCAAGAUGUCUACAAGUUUCGAGCACUCGGCGAUGAAAAGCAGCUUUUCGCUGUCGUCGCUGCGGAGUGCGCCGGCGCCACCUGGCGGGCGCUGCGAACAGCUGGAGCGUCCCUACCACAGUCUCACUAAGAAAAGGAAGGAGCCGUGCCGCGAGGCGUGGCGGCGCAGCUGGGGGAGCGCGGCCAGCGGCGGCAGCGCCGGCGACGACCUGUGGCCGCUGCUGCAGCACCACUACGACUACAUCAUGGACAACCAGAUCAUCGACACUUGCAAGGAAGCAAACGGCGAGCUGUUGUCAAACAAUUCGUCCGUGUUGCAGUGCGGGCCGCGCCUACUGAACCCUACAUCUGGGUUCAACCGGCAGUGGUCACUCAGUCAACUCAUCGCCGAAUUUACUGAGCUGUGUCAGUGGCUCACUCACGUGCAGGAGGAGAUCUAUUCUAGUCCCGAGAACUUAUCCAACAGGAAACUAAGAAUGAGCCGCAUGUCGGAGCUGGUGGCCGUCGAGCCCCGCCGCGCGAAGUUCAUCGAGCAGGCCUCCGCCAUCCUGGAGCGGAUCCCCGAGGCUGGCGCAGAGGUAACCUGGCGCGUUGAACACUUGAACGUCAAAUGGGAGGGUCUCCGCUUGCUACUGAGUCCAGAACAGCAGCACAGAGAUGGAGACAUUUCUGACUCCGUUGAUACAGCACACGAGCUGCGAUGCCUUCGACGAUGGUUGCAUGUGAUGGAGGGCCGACUGCCUCCGCCGUCGCUCGCUGCCGCUAGGGCUGCGCCCUACCACGAGCUGCUGAGGAAACUGAGGGAGCAUCAGGUAUUGCAACGCGACGUGGAGUGCCACGGGCGGAUCGUGAGCUCUGUGGUGCGGUUGUGUGGCGGCGGAGACGCAGCGCGUGCGCUCGAGCGGCGCUGGCACCUGCUGUACCUACGCGCCAUCGAGUGGCAGUGCCAUCUCGAGGCCUGCCUCGCGAGGAUCGAUAACCAGGGUGUGGGGCCAGUGGAGGCGGCGAGCGACAGCGACGACGAGCCGGCGCUGAAGCAGCCGCGUCUGAGCCGGCGCGGAUCGCCGCGGCGCCAGCGCACGCCCGUCAAUGUGCGCCUGAGGGACUCCUCUGCUGACAGCCGACAGUCCGCCUCCGAGGAGGAGCAAGAAUAUGUGCUAACAUACACUUGGCGCGGCUUUGGGUCCGAUUGUGAAUCGGAGUUGGUGCGUCUCCCGCGCGAAAGCAACAUGGCGGACGAACGACGCGUGCCCGGCGCCUGCGACAACUUCCUGGCCCCGCCCACCGACCAGACCGUUCCCGCCACUGACCAACUUGAUGGCCUCGACAUACGCGACUCCGUGACACACGACCACACGGUCAUCGAUGAAAAACUCAGGACGCCACCGACAGUCAUUAAAAGAAAAAAGCCUGUGGACACAUCCAAAUUUAACCAGUCCGACCGAAAAUCUAAAAACUGUGCCACUUUCUACUUCCGACACCACGACACUGACUCCGAUAGACAAGUGAUUGAAACCGAUGAAAAAUCUCAAGAGGAAUCAUCGGAAGAAGAAUGGACUUAUGUCGGCGGCGGAAAGAUUGCAAAUGAAGAUUCUACGGAUUUAAUGACUUCGUCUGUUGAAAUACAAUGUGAGCUGCCUAUAGACGAAAAUAAAGAUAAAUUGGAUAAACCUGUAUCACCGAAACCUAAACUAGAAUCUACCACACCGGACCUCAUUCGUGUCGAUCAAAACUCCAGAUGCAAAGAUAUAGAGAGAUUGGUUAUUCAAGCAGAGGAAUUGGUUCAGAAACAAGCACAACAACAAAUGGCGAAAAAGAAAGGUUCCAGGAAUUUCAAGCCGCUGAUGUUCGAGGAAGAAGGGAAAAAUGUGAGCCGGGCUAAAAUGUCACGUAUCAAAGAGUGGUUGAAUCAAAGUACAGAUGAAAAGAAUGACAGCAACCAGGGCACAGAAAGUUACGACGCAUCGGGCGAGUACACAACAGAGAGCGAAGUGGACACGUCGUUAACAUCUGAAGAACGGAACCUGCACUCCUCGAUGGACAUGAGCACGUCGACCUGCACCGUCACACCCACCCACCAUGCCAAGGUCCAACUCCGUAAGAAGCGAGCUGGCAACAGUGCCCGGCCGUGGUCUGUCUCUUGUCUCUCGCAACUGAGCGGCGCGGGCAACUCUCUCGUGGCCACCCCCACUGCAGGCGACGUUGCCGCUAUGUCACACAACAUGUCCAUCUCGGAAUCUGCUCUAAACACCCUGGCGUCCCCUCAAAGAGUAACGCCAGCUAAUUCUAACUCGAAGCUCAGAGGAAGUUCUACUACUGUACAGGGUCACGUAUCGAGCACGAACACGAUGACGGAGGCAUGCACAUCGUGCGUGGAGGCGAGCGACAAGCAGUGCUGGCUGCGGCGCAAGCGCUUCAAACUGCGCCGGCACAACACGACGACCACUCGUCGAGACCGGCUCGUCAAGUCGCUGUCCUUCUGCGGACGACUUAGCCCCGAGAUCGAAGACAAGAAUGAGAGGAGUGCCGCCAGCGACCCCGCUACUAGUAGGAAACACAGAUUCGACACUACAUCGACGUCAGGUAACGACAGUGACGAGGAGUUGAUAAAGCAGCAGUUGGCCACCAUCGCCAACUUGCGGAAGAGCAUAGAGAAGACUCACAUCUCCAGCAGGGAAUCUGAAAGUGCCAUCCCCGAGCAAAAUGAAGCCGAACCAAUGGCGCCAAGCUUUAAGCUUGGCCCCGCCGGUGGACAGGUCCGCCCGCGGCUCGCCAGGAGCAUGGAACGAGAGAGAACCUUCCUAGCUCUUAGCCUUGGCGAUCCUAGCCAACUAUGGGACCUAAGCAUGGAUAAAGAUUCAGACAUAGAUAAAAGCGUAACAGCCGGCACAGAAGAGCACAGCUCAUUCUCGGAACAAGCUUGGGAUUUCUAUCAGGAGAAAUACAACUCGGAGCCAUAUUCGGAAGCUCCGGACUCGGACGCGGCGCGGCGGCUGCUGGAGUUCGGCGACGACUACCGCGCGUUCCUGGACUCGCAGUCCGACUGCUGCUCCAGCCUGUCCGCGCAGCCCGACGAGAACAGCCCCAGCGGCACGCGCCGCCGCCGCCCGCCCUCCGACCUGUCUCGCGAGCGCAGCCUGCCCCGGUACAAACGGCCUACCAGAAACUCCCCGGUCGAAACACCUUCGAGAAAACCCAAAAAAUCUAUGUCCAGCGCCGAGCGCAAAAAAUCACUACUCGACAGCCUCGAGAGAUCCAGAAACAACACCAGCAUCGAAAGCAACGAUGGCGUGCGACGACGCAAACCAUCGGAAUGCGAGCGCAAGAACAAACGCUCGCCCGAAUUCGAUCUGCUCAACGUCCAAGCUCUGAGUCGAAGACGUCACAGCUCAAACAUGACCAGCGAUGAAAUCAAUAGCUCACUGGAAUAUACAGAAGUUAACAAUCGUCCUGACAUUUUGGACUCAUUGAAUAGACGUCGAAGAAACGUCGAGAAAGACGGUGAAUCUGAAUUGCAAAAGGUGGCACUGUCGGAACUGCGCCGGCGCUCGACGGAGAGCGUCGAUUCAGAGGAUGAGUCGUCCAGCCCCAAGAAGCACAGCCGGAGGAACUGGGGUGACUCGGACUCUGAGUCGGAGGAAGUGCGGUCCCUGGUGCGGCGUUCGAGCACGCAGCUGGAGGCGGCGGAGGCCCUGAUGGCCCGGCAGGAAGCGUCCCCGGACCUGCUGCGCGCGUUCGACUACACGGAGAUUGUUACACGUUGCCGCGAAAACAUCAACCUAUUGGACGCUGCGCUCGCCGGCGGUUGUUUGUCGCCGGUCUUACAGAGAGACGUGAGAGCUGUGUCGGCACGAUGGUCAGCACUCCGUGCGGCGGCGACGCGUCGCGGCGGAGCGCGGCGCCUGCGCAGGGAGAUGGCGGCGCUGCGCGAGACUCUGGACGACAUAUGCGAGCCCGGAGACUGCGCCCCGCAGCCGCACACCCGCACACAACUCAACCGCAGGAUCGAGGAACUUAAGGAACGCCUGUCUCGCCUGCUAGAAUGCAAGGUGUCGAUGUUAAAAUUGACGGUGUCCGUGCGUCGGGCGCUCGGCGAGAUGGAGUCUGAUGACAGCGGGCUGGCGGCUGACCUGUCUGCCCUGCUCGCGGCAUGGGAUGAUGCUCACCAGAGGACUUCAAAUGAGUUGCUGUCGCUGGAGAAGGCGGUGUGCGCGUGGGCAGAGUGGGAGGCGGCGCUGCGGGAGCUGCAAGGCGCACUCCGAGGUGACCUGGCUACCCUGCAAGCGCUGCGCGAGCGUGGUCCCGACCACGGUGACGUCGCCGCGCAGAUCCGACAGCUCGCUGCUUCUCUUGUUGAUAACAAGAAGGGCGGGUCGACAUGCGACUCCCUGUCGGACUCUGGCAUCUCAGACGGCGACAGCGAGGGCGCUGGAGGUCGCGCGCGGCGGCUGAGCGCAUUGCGAGAGCUGGCCCGGCGCCUGCAAGCCGCUUUGGCGCCCAACUCUCCAGCGCACAGAGCCAUCGCUAAGCGCAUGGAACAAACGGAGAAUGAAGUACGUUGCCUGCAAGAGUCAUGUAGAGCUCUGGUGGAACAGAGCAUUCCUGACUUCAAGAUCGACGAAGUCACCGUGAGCAGCGUAAGCACGGUAGGCGCAGGCGCGGGCAGUGUGAGCGGGAAGAAGACGGCGGCGGGCGAGCCGGAGUACGGCGGGCGCGGCGGCGGCGGCUGGUUGUGGCGCGUGCUGCGCUCGUCGCUGCCCAUACAGCUGUGCCUGGUCGCGCUGCUGCUCGCCGCCUGGCUCGUGGAGCGCCCACGCUGUUGCGACGCGCUCAACUCCCUCGCGCACACGCUCACCCCCCAACUGCGCUACGUGCGCGGACCGCCGCCGGUCUGAACGCACCCAUAGUUAAAUCCAUCGGACACUAACACUAUAGUUUAAUCCAUGGCUAUACCAGUCGAUGUCCUUCACGUUUAAAACGACGGACUAGACUCUCGGCAGUAGCUCUCUGAGCUAGUGAAGCCGUAGAUGAAAUUUAUGAGGAUACUAUUUGUAUGUAUGAGUUACAUGCGGUAAUAUUAUACAAUAAUUUACUUUGCUAACAUGGAUGGAUAUGGAUAGGAGGUUUGAAGAUUGAAGGUUUAACGAAUAAAGUUGUGACUAACAAGAUGUUACGUAACUUACGUAGAUAGGUAUAUUAAUGAUAAAAUAAUAAAGUAGAAAGCUACCACAAGUUAAAUGGUGAUCGGGGUAAAAACUGGGUACGGCUGCUUUUCGACAAUAAGAAUACGACAAUUAAUAUUGAUUGUUUUUCUUGAAACUUGCUAAACAUCUCCAAACAAUCGCUCUACCCUUAUGCCCAACACCUCGAAUCACCGAGACUUUUUGUAAUAUGUUUUAAAAGAGUUAGUCUUGAGACCAACUGAAGACAAGAGAGUGACUUACAAACAUGUUUUUUGUUUAUAUACUUAACUGUUUUAAGCAGCAGAUAUAAAAAUCUAAAUUCCUGAUAUGUUAACUAAAAUCCGUGUUGCUCAUAAAAAGUUCAAAUGACUUAAAAGUGUUCAAAAAAUAAUAGUAGGUGUCAUCUGUAUCAGAUGAGGUUCAAACUAGCUAGCCUAGCAGUUAGUUUAUAAUAAUAAUUUACUAACAAUUUCACGAAUGUUACGUUUUUGUAGAAUAGAAGCAUGCCUAUUUUAGUACAAUUAUAAAUAGGUGAGGAUGCGUUCCUGUGUGACAGAUAACUCGUUUAUUACUCUGUGUGAGCUAAGCACAGAUAUCAGGGUAGUGAUAAAUAUUCAUUUCUGAAACCAGUCUAAUCUUAUUUCAUACACACUAACACCUUAGUACGAAUUGGGGGCCUUACAAAAAAAAUAGUAAGAUUUUAAAGACUGAUUUUAAAUAAUGUUGUGUAAAGAUGAAGAUACGUGUUGACGUAUUUUUCGUAUCAAGUGUAAACAUUUUUUAUUUUAAUUUCAAAGAGUUGUCCUACCUUUUUGUAUUUACUAUACUCAUGUCUAAGCCGAGUAGAAGAUGAUCAUUUAAUAAGUUGAGAAUAGUAGAAACAAUUUCCAAUACUUUUUAAUCUACUAUUUAAAAGUUACGAAUUUCGUAUAUGAAUGAAAAGACCUGCUUUUUGAAAGGAAAAUUGUUCCUAUAAUUAACACUUUCAAGGACAGAACGUCUAAUGGCGUUCCGAUUUCAAGGGGUCAUUAUUACCUAUUAUGAACCAUCAAUGAUCCAUGAUCUUUGUCCGUGAAAGGGUUAAAUCAAACACACAACCCUCCUUUUUCUUUGCCUUAGUCGGGUAAUAAAGCAAUAUGUACGAGUAUAAAGUAUUGUGUAAGUUGUUUCUGCUCAAGUUUCAACUUAUUCCCAGCCGAUAACGUUAUCUGCCUUAAGUACGGUUGAAGUGUGUUGCGCGUUCUAUUUAAGAAUGUAGUAUAGAAUUAGUGUUAUAAUAAAGCUUUCCCUGUGGUUGUUCGACUAUUUGUUUAAAUCACGUUGAAAUAAUUUCCUGUAAGUAGCUCUACUUGCACUUUUAAAAGAAAUUAAUUUUAUAAUGUUAUACCAACCACAGCGAAAGUGUGGUUGCAUUCAAUAAUAACAUAGAAGGCAGUCUAUGCCGAUGUAGUGUGUCAUAUUUCUUUUAAUUUUAUACUUGAGUUGGAAUCGCUUUUCGUUUAAUAUUCCAUAAAACUUGUCAGACAGGCAGCAGCUUCUGUAAAAAACCGGAUCUGUCAAAUUUUCAGGUUAGGUAAGCGGACCCUGUGAGAAACGGCAUAAUGCUAGGGAGAAUGGUCACUUGUGUAAAAGACCUUCAGUGUCCCAUAAUUGGAGGUUCAGGACUUUUGGAGGGUGCAUUGCAUUCUUCGCCGCUGCAAUAUAAUUGCCGCAUAGUAAAAUUGCAGGGGAAGAUAUAAUUACGCAGAUAUUUAUUUAUUUAUUUAUUUAUUUAUUUAGAUAUCCAACAGCAUUAACAAUAGUCGUUUUCUUAUAUAAUACAUGUACAAAAUUUCUUCGCCAAUAACAGGAUAUCAUAACAUGCAAAUUUAAAUGAACCGUGUUCGCGUGUGUCUGUGUGUGUGUGUGUAUGUGUGUAACAUUUACUUACGUAUUUUAUAUUAUAUUGUAUUAUACCUAUACAAAAGACAAUGAAAUAACAAAAUAAAUACAUACAUAUUAACAUUAAUAGCACAAUAUAUCUAAGUAAUUAUUAUAUAAAUAUAUAUUAUAAAUAUAUUAUUUAACUACAUGAUGGUUAUUUAUAUGCUUCUAAUUUAUAAUUUAGAUAACCUCUCGAGUACAAGUAUAUACGGUAUACGGCUAUUGAUCGAACCUCUCGCAUUCAAGAAAUGUUUAUUUCAAGGUUUGCAUAAGCGCUAGUGUUUGAUGGGAUAUUUAUACGAAGUGUAUUCUACUUUAAUUUUAAUUAGGUCGUUGAAAGAAUAAGGCAUGCUAUAAAAGUGCAUUUAAUUUGUCGUUUUGCUUUUAGCAAGACAGGCGCGUAAUAAAUAACUAAGGACCUUAUCGGUUGCAUAACGGCAUGUUGGCUUUUUGGAAUGGAAAUAAAAUAUAAUAUCUAUAA